CUCUGUGGCAGACAGGCGGUUGGAGGCUUGAGAACGGAGGUCUAGCUGUCCAAGAGGACAGUAAACCUAGCAUUCCGCGCCUACAUAGUUUUGGGAUACGGCGAGCAACCGCCCGAAGGACUGGACUUCAAUUUCCCGAGGUGCAGUGGACCCAAACUUCUGGAAACUUGCUCCCAAGACGUCGGACACAUCUGUUGCUUCCACCAGUUAUCGGCUGGGAAAUGAACGUGUUAGUGGCACUGCAGAUGUCUGCCAUUUGCAGUUAAAUGGUAGCUCCACCUGAGCAGAUUCUGCCCGGCUGGCCCAAGAGGAGGAAGAAGAAAGAAUCGAGAGAUGACUCUGUGGGUGAUCCUGCCUGUUAGCCUACCAGCUCUCACCAUCACUGGAAUAUGGGUCGUGUAUGCCAUGGCUCUGUACAACCAACAUGUGUGUCCUGUGGAUAACUGGCUGUACAACCAGUCAUGUGAGGAGGAUCUGUACAUGCAGAGUGGACCGACACUCUGCUGCACACUAGACAAUGUACCUCUCAUCAGUAAAUGUGGAACCUUUCCUCCUGAAAGCUGCUUCUUCAGCCUUAUUUGCAGCACUGGCUCCUUCAUGGUGAUGGUGAUCGUGCUGCUGCGCUAUGCCCACGUCAUUGAGAAGCAUCAGAACUGUGUUCUCAACACAGCGAGCCUCUCCACAGGCUGGAUCUGUGCAGCGGGACUCAUCAUGGUGGGCAACUUCCAGGUGGAUAACGCCAAAGUCCUCCACUAUGUGGGAGCAGGCGUGGCCUUCCCUACCAGCAUGCUGUUUGUGUGCCUUCAGUCUGCGCUGACAUAUCGACUGGCCAAAACCCAGGGGGAGUACAACGUGGCCCACCUGCGACUGGGCAUGGCCCUGCUGAGCUUCAUAGCUUUAGUGCUGAGCGGCGUGUUUUUCUGUCAGGAGAGCUUCGCGCUGCAGCAUGCGUCCGCCAUCUUCGAGUGGGUGUUCUGCGUCAUCGUCAUGCUCUUCUUCGGCACCUUCUCGUUCGAGUUUGCCGGCGUGUCUGGAGACACCAUGGCGGUGCUGGCAAGAGGAGGCGCUCUGGGACCCGGCGGGAGGGAACACAAGGUGGACGCGCUGGGAGGUGCCGUCCCACGCUCGCAGCCUCUUCCGCCGGAGAACAUGACCAUCCUGUAGCUGCUUCCGCCGCUCAUUUGGGGGGACCCUCCUCCUCAGUGCCCUGGGAACUGGCGGCAGGACUGACCCGGAAACAAAACUGUCUCCAAAGAUUUGCCUUUUGCACGUUACACAAGAGUGUAGCUCGCUUCCUGACCAUCAGAGAGGACUCCAGUAGCGUGGCCUUUGACUGUCUCGCUCUUGGGAGCAGUGGACUCCAUGGAUCCUUGGACUUAAACCGUCAAAGACGACAAGAACCUAUCUCUACGCCACACUGUCAGUUUAAAAAAAAAAAGUAGUGGCACAUUCUAAGAGGAUUCUUUCAGACAAUCGAGACGUUUUGGGGAUCAGAAAUGGUGAGACCACUUCCAACUAGUGUCAGUUUUAAAAGUGUUGGAGUGCAUUAUGGACUUUUGUAGUUUGAGUGGUGGCAGUCCUUGAUCGUGGACUCCAUGAGAAGUGCCACAUUAACAGUCGCCGGGCGAGGAGGGACCAAGUCAGAUGGCCACACAUGAAAACCACGUGGUCGUACGUUUGGUGCUAGGAAAUACCAAGAGGUAGUGUUGCUGCUGAUUCACAGCCGGCCUUCCUACCUGAGAUAACUGUGCUAUUCCAGAGUGAUGUAACACGGUUGCAGAUCAGCCUUCAAUUAUUCACCCCGUCUGACGCUCUCAACGGUUCAAUACGCCGCAGCUGUUGUUCAUUUGUCACACUCUAGCGUAUUAUUAAUGCAGCCAAAUAAACUGGAGCUGCUGGGUAGCAACACAAACUACUGUUUUAUGCAGCACACUGACGUCAACGUGGUGAAGCGACUCCGAUUGUCACAAAUAUGGUGUCUUUUUUUUUAAUCUGAUGACUUCAAACCGAAGUCGAUGUAUGACGUAAACAUUUAGCGUAGGUGAAUGUUAUCAAAGUUGCGGUGGGAAGUGUAGCUUUUCCAUUCAAACCGGUUCAGGGAGCAGCCCGUUAUCACGUGCGAGUAGUUUGCUCAAGCGACAUCAGCUCCCUCUGGUGGCAGACUAGGUGUAGUCCCCGCUCAAGUGCUCUGACCACAGCCAGCUCCAGUGAGGGUCACAUGACGAGACAGGUGGUCGUAAUCUAUCUCUUGUUUGAAGCGGACGUGUUGUACUUGAUGUUUUUGGCUCCGAGUUGUCCAUUAUUGGGGACGUGACGCUCCACCCUUGAGGAGACUUGGUGGGUUCACUGAGACGCACAUCUCCUCCACUGAGCCGUCUGUGAUCUUUGCUCUCAGGAACACGUUACAUCACCAGCCGCAUUGUUCGACCUGGAGAGUCUGUUCGGCGCCUGUGUUGUCUCUGCUUUCAUCGUUGGUCUUGUAUAUUUUUGUGAGGUUGUUGAUGAAGCUUAUCCAAGAUAUGAUAUUUUGUUAGUGCGGAAACAUUCCUGAGAGUAUAGAUGCUUGAUACUGAUGUACUACUAACCAGCAAAUGCAAAACCCUCCACUUGUGCCUUAAAGUGUUACCAAAGAGUUUCAGGUUGUUGAUGCCAAGUCACGUGAUUGUGCCGACUUUUCUCCUUCAACAAUAAAAUCUGUUCAUAAAAAUGGAUUCAAAUGCAAAAGUCGAACUUCAGUGAUUUUGGUGAACGAUGACAGAAUUUUUUCAAAACUCAAAAAAUGACUUUUUAUUAUCAAAAGUAUAAAAAAUAGUAUACAUCCCAGAUAAUACAACAUAAAAGGAGAUUCAUCUCAUGGCAAUAAUCGCAACAAAAAUGACUUAUCUCCAUUAUCAAAGGUUACACAAAGAAUAUAUUUUACAUUUUCCAAAUUUUCCAUUUGAUUCAAAUAAGCUAUUCUAAGACUUUGUUUCACUUUUUUCAUUAUUGACAAAACAAUGAUGAAUACCUUAUUUUUCUGUCAGGUAAUUUAUCCUCUUUGUCUUUUAUUUCCUUUAACUCCACAGGAAUUAAAGAAGAUCCCUCAAUAACGUUGUUACUAAAGUCCUCCUCCUUAAUGAAAUGAAAUUGUCUUAAAAUGUCCAGAAAAUAACCCUUGAAAUAUCCUCCACAUACAUGUCUUUUUUUAUCUUCAUAUUGAGCCAUGCUUUGUCCUGAUUUUUAUCGCAUAUCUCACUAAACUUGAAAACAUGUUCAAUAAAUGAGCAUUCCCACCCUUUCCUUUCUUAUUCACUCCAAAUAGCCACGUUCUCAACCAUACUCCGUCCCACACAGUCAUCUCUUUCCAGUUCCUCACCACACUUUAUCUUCAUAGUCCCUGAAAAAACACAUUUAUAUUCUC